AUGGAUUCUAAAACUUUCCACCGUCCUCUUCUUCCUGUUCUUGUUUUUUCCCUUCUUGUCGUUUCAUCGUUUUGUCGUCCCGACAAAAAAAUCCAUCCCAAUAACCAUACGGCGGCGUUCCGGUCGGAGAAUCAGUUGAAGAAAUUGAAGCUUAUUCAAGCUGAUCUUAACCGAAUCAACAAGUUGCCUGUCAAAACCAUUCAGAGUCCGGAUGGUGACUUUAUAGAUUGUGUUGAAACUCAUCGGCAGCUAGCUUUUGAUCAUCCAUUGCUCAAAGGAAAGAAGCCAUUGGAUCCGCCGGAGAGACCGUAUAACCAGAGCCAUUCCGGUGAGGUGGAGACAGAAAUGUUCCAAUUAUGGAGCAUGUCCGGAGAAUCCUGCCCAGAGGGGACAGUUCCGAUCAGAAGAACGACAGAAGAGGAUAUGUUGAGAGCGAGUUCGGUUCAGAGAUUUGGAAGAAAAGCAAGCGGAGACUCUCCCAGCAAAGGUCAUGAGUAUGCAGUGGGGUUUGUAAGUGGAGGACAGUACUACGGAGCCCAGGCAAGCAUGACCGUAUGGAAGCCGCGGGUCAACUAUCCAUUCGAGUUCAGCCUCUCACAGAUAUGGCUCGUCUCCGGUACAUUACCACAUGAUCUCAACACCAUUGAAGCUGGGUGGCAGGUUUACCCCAAGAUGUAUGGAGACAACAAUACAAGAUUCUUCACUUAUUGGACGUCCGACGCAUAUCAAGCAACAGGCUGCUACAAUUUAAUCUGUCCAGGCUUCGUUCAAACCAACCGUAGAAUCGCCAUUGGAGCUACAAUUGCUCCAACUUCCUCCUACAACGGCGCCCAAUUCAGUAUCAGCUUACUGGUUUGGAAGGAUCCGAAGCACGGGGAUUGGUGGUUGGAAUACGGGUCGGGAGUGGUGAUCGGGUACUGGCCGGCGUUUUUGUUCACUCACCUUCGAAGCCACGCAACGAAGACACAGUUUGGCGGAGAGGUGGUGAAUAAGAGGUCGUGGGGAUUUCACACGGCGACGGAAAUGGGGAGUGGGCAUUUCGCCGGCGAGGGGUUCCGAAAAGCUGCUUAUUUUCGUAAUAUGAAGGUUGUGAAUUUGGAUAAUAGGUUGAUUCCAUUGUCGGAUUUGGAGGUUUGGGCAGAUAAUCCAAAUUGCUAUAAUAUUCAACCUCGAAAUGAUAGAGUUUGGGGAAAUUACUUUUACUAUGGAGGGCCCGGAAGAAAUGUGAACUGCCCUUAA